UCCAAGCUUUCUGGAGGAGAAGAAACAUUUUACUGAGACAAGCUGACAGCUGAGAUUUGGAGAUCUCACCUAAAAAAAACCUACGAUAGCAAAUAUAUAUAUAUAUAGCUCAAGGAUUUUGAUCAGUUUGUUAGUGCAGGAGAGCCACCUGAGCUGAAAAAUGCAAGCUGUUCGACAGUGUUCUGCUUGUGCCAGACGUGCUGCUGGAGGGUUUCAGCACAACCAACCAGAAAAUCCACUGCUGAGGAGAAGAGCGGCCUGCCUGCGCUCCCUCAGCAGCUCUGAGAGCAGGAGGCCCCGAGUCCAGAAGCCUGGAGAUCUGACGAACCCUGCACACAUGAGUUUAGCUUCUUUGAGUGUUGGCCACGGCCUUUGGCAAGUGGAGGAUCUCUCACACAACUCGUUGCUCAGGAAAGCCGCCUCGGUGCUGACAGACAGCUCGAGCACCUUCCUCUCUCAGGCCACCUUGGCCCUCACUGACGCCCUGACGGACUAUUCAAAGGCUGUGCACUCACGCAUCGCCUUCCAAAGAAAAUACCUGGCCUCGCUGGGGAAGAUGAGCCAAGCGGAGGAGGAAUCACUGCAGCAGGCCAUCUGCGACUGGCGUGCAGAGGCUGCUGAGAGACUGGAUGAAUGCAAACACUACGAAUCAACCUGGACCAACGCCAUCAACCUGUCUAAGAUGGCAGCGGAGGCGGCAUACACCUCAGGAGCCCACCAGGCGUCCAUCUUGGUCCGGACGAACGUUCAGGUGGCUCAGUCGCAGGUGGAGGACGCGAAGAAGCUGUCAGCGGAGGCCGACAAGAAGCUGGCUGAAACCAAGGCGGAGGAGAUCCAGAGGAUGGCGGAGUACACCGCUUUUCUAGAGGAAGGCGGCGAGCACGAGGUGCACGAGGCUUAUCUGAGAGAGGACUGAGACAAACCGCAUCAAAGUGCGAUUGAUUUUCUGUGGAAAACUUUGGCCUACUCACAGGGGUUGUUUUGAGCCGGUAGCAAUCCAUAAACUCCACACACACACACACACACACACACACACACACACACACACACACACACACAC